UCCGCGUAACUCAAAUUCCAGAACGAGUCAUUAUAUUGACGGGAACAAACAUCACCUUCCAUUGCAUUAUGCCGCUUGCCUAUGACAGUUCAGGAAUCGAAGUUCGUUGGCGGAAACAGGGGGAGAAUGAAUAUCUGCAAAGUGAAGUUGAUGGCCGGAAGCGAUUAGGCACCAAAGAUAGAUCAGGGGGCUAUUUCGAAUUGCUGAACGCAACUAUCCAGGAUUCGGGAAUCUAUCACUGUGUAGUCAUGCGUCAGGGAAAAAUUAGCGGAGAAGGAACAGGAUCAGAUCUAACAGUGUACGUUCUUCCAACUCCAUUAAAACUUUUCUCCAGGACACCCGGGAACAGCUCAUCUGCGGCUCCGACACUUGUCUGUGAAACGGCUGAGUUUCACCCAAGCGAUUUAACCCUUGCAUGGUAUAAAAACGGCACUGCGGCCAAAACCGAGAUAAGGACCAUUAAACAGCAAAAUACUGAAGGACUGUAUAAAGUUUCCAGCUCCUUGCGAGUGACGCAAUCGGAGGUGAACGGGACUGUUUACAUAUGUUUGGUGUCCCAUAUCUCGCUCCGGACUCCUGCCAUUGCCAUCCACGCCGUUCCCAAAUCUUACCCAGAAUUCCACGACAAAUUUCUCUACCUCUGGGUUUCUGGAUGCGCCGUCGGUGGUUUUGUGAUUUUGGUAUUUAUAAUUAUCAUUGGCAUGAGGUGCAUUUCCAUCAAUAAACGUAAACACGGAAAGACUGCCGGCCAUGAAGAUUUGGGUGAAGAGAAAAAGACCCUGACUUAUGCUGCUGUAGAUACCAGCAAAUCUAAAAGGAAACGGAGCCAGAAAGGCGAAGAGGAGACACCGUAUGCACAAGUAAAACAAGGGGCUGUCCGGGAAGGACUGACGUACGCCACUGUAGAAGUGUCUGAACCCGGGAAAGCAGGAAAGUUUAAAACAAGGAACAAGACCACGGAAUACGCUGAGUUGCAGAGAGCAACGCCAUGAAGAGCAAAAGAAGACGUACACAUCUAAAGAAGAACGAAAUGUUAAUAGAUGGCACUAAUUUCAGUUUCCUGGAUUUUUUUUAUCCUGCACGAAUUUCAACGGAAAAUAAAAUUCUGGUAAUUCGAAAAGCGACAUAGGCCCGAAGUGAUAUUUUACUGCCCAAGAAGUGAAGGGCUUCGUUAUUCCCAUGUACAUAUCUACUUAUGUUAUCCAAAUACUGAA